GUGCUACCUGGUGGCUUCGAGACACCAAAGCAGCUUCUCGUGGACUCUGACGGCGAGCCUGUGGGCACUCCUACGCAGACCCCGAAGGCGGGUCGGGACACUGCGCCCCUUCGUCGGUUGGCUCCGCUGUCUUCUUCCUCCUCUCAAAACAAGAAGGCUGAGGGCCAGGAGUUGAAGCCUUCUGUGAAGAAGGGCUCCAAGAUGAAGCGCCCUGCUGCUGCAAAAGCCGGUCAGGCCCGGAAGCGUCCGGCCGCCUCGUUUGGUGUGUCUGUGCCGGAGCAGCCACUCCUGCAAGCCAGAGUGACAACGGCCACUGCGCCCAAACGCUCCUACGUGCAAGCGAAGAGCAGCCCGAAGGGCCACUUUCGUCUCAUCGCUGAGUUCCCUGCAACCAAGCACUACAACCACCGUGACCUCGCCUUGCAGGUUCGGGACAAGAUCAACGAUGAGCGCUUGACGUUCACGUCUGCUCGAGCUGUGAAGCAGACUCUGGUAGCAGAAGCCGACUCGUCUACUAGGUAG